AUGGCUACCGAGCUGACCGUCCAGUCGGAGCGCGCUUUCCAGAAGCAGCCUCACAUCUCUCUUGUCACCAAGAGCAAGACCAAGCGUCCCGGCAAGGGUGGUCGCCGGUGGUACAAGGAUGUCGGUCUGGGCUUCCGUACCCCCAAGACUGCCAUUGAGGGCCAGUACAUUGACAAGAAGUGCCCCUUCACCGGUCUCGUCUCCAUCCGUGGACGUAUCCUGACCGGCACUGUUGUGUCCACCAAGAUGCACCGUACCAUCAUCGUCCGCCGCGAGUACCUCCACUUCAUCCCCAAGUACGCCCGUUACGAGAAGAGACACAAGAACCUCGCCGCCCACGUCUCCCCAGCCUUCCGUGUUGAGGAGGGUGACCAGGUUACCGUUGGACAGUGCCGGCCUCUGAGCAAGACUGUCCGAUUCAACGUUCUCCGUGUGCUGCCCCGCACCGGCAAGGCCGUCAAGAAGUUCUCCAAGUUCUAA